AUGGAUGAAUCUUUGAAAGCAAACCAAUCAUCAAUAAACUCUAAUAAUAGCCAAGAAGAAAAACAUGUUGAAAAGUCUUAUGAAGACUUUGAUCAUCAACAAGCACACAAUGAGGAAGAUGACAAUGAUUGCAAGGAUGCUAUUGAUAUCAAUGUGAAUGAUAAAGUUGUUGAGCCAAGUAUAGGAAUGAUGUUUAAUUCAAUUGAUGAAUUACUGGAAUAUUAUAGAAAGUAUGGAAAUCAAUUCGGAUUUGAAGUAGGUAUAAGAAGUUCGACCAAGGGAGAUGAUGGAGAACUAAAAUAUGUUUCAAUGGCAUGCACUCGUAAUGGAAAGCCAACACACAAUAGUAGCAAUGCUUUGAAGUUGUAUCCAUCAAUAAAGAUAGAUUGUAAAGCUAAAAUUAGAGCAAAAAUAUGUAGUAGUAAAACCGUGCAGGUAGUUUCUUUUGUGCUUGACCAUAAUCACGAACUAAGUACACCUAGAAAAGUUCGGUAUCACAAGGUGAAUAGAAUUAUCCAGUCAUAUGUGAAAAAAAAUUUGGAAAUAAAUGAUAGAGCUGGUAUAAGACCAAAUAAGAAUUUUAACUCUUUUGUAGUUGAAAUGGGAGGUCAUGAUAAGGUUCCUUUUUUGGAGAAAGAUUGUAGAAAUUUAAUUGCAAAAGUAAGACGUCUACGACUUGGAGGAGGAGAUGAUGUUACACUUCAAAAGUAUUUCAUGAAAAUGCAAAGUGAUAAUGCAAACUUCUUUUACGUGAUGGAUUUAGAUGAGAAGAGUCGAAUAAAAAAUAUAUUUUGGGCAGAUGCAAGAAGUAAGGCUGCAUAUGAGGAGUUUGGUGAUGUUGUGAGUUUUGCCACUACUUACCUCACUAAUAAAUAUGACAUGCCAUUUGCUGCAUUUGUAGGGGUGAAUCAUCAUGGACAAUCCACAUUAUUAGGAUGUGCAUUACUAUCAAACGAAGAUACUAAAAUAUUUAUUUGGCUAUUUGAGUCUUGGCUUGCAUGUAUGUCUAAUCAUGCUCCAAAUGCGAUAAUCACUGAUCAAGAUAAGGCAAUGCAAAAUGCAAUUGAGAUCACUUUUCCUAAUACACGACAUAGGUGGUGUUUGUGGCAUAUAAUGAAGAAGAUUCUAGAGAAACUAAAAGGUUAUACUCAGUAUAAGUCUAUUAAGUCUUCCUUAUCAAAUGUUGUUUGUGAGACAUUGACAAAAAAUGAAUUUGAAGAGAAAUGGAUGGAAUUCAUUAAGCUUCAUGAGCUGCAUGCUAAUGAGUGGCUAUUAGGUAUUUAUAAUGAGAGAAAACGUUGGGUGCCAACUUUUGUGAAGGAUACUUUUUGGGCUGGAAUGUCUACAACACAACGUAGUGAAAGCAUGAAUGCAUUCUUUGAUGGGUAUGUGAAUUCAAAAACUACUUUGAAGCAAUUUGUAGAACAAUAUGAGAAUGCUUUGCGAGACAAGGUUGAAAAGGAAAAUCAUGAAAAUUUUAAUUCUUUCAACUUGCGAAUAUCGUGUAUCACUAUGUAUGCAAUGGAGAAACAAUAUCAAGAUGCAUAUACAACUUCAAAGUUCAAAGAGAUUCAACAAGAGUUCAAGGGUAAACUUUAUUGUGAAAUAUCUUCGUACAAAGAUAUCAAUGAAACUAUUUCUGAAUUUGUUGUGGCUGAAGAUGUUUUAUUUGGAGAUCAUAAUCGAUGUGUAUCUUUCAUGGUGAACCUAAACAAAGAGAAUUCAGAAGUUAAUUGCAACUGUCAGUUGUUUGAAUUCAAGGGAAUCUUGUGCGGACAUGCAAUUUCUGUUCUAAUCCACAAAAAGUUUUUUGUGUUUCAGAUAAGUACAUAUUGA